AUGGUCCGCCUGUCCCUUGCCUCCGUAGUCGCCGGCGCCGCUGCCGCCGCCCAGGCCCUCGCCUCCGGAAACUGCACCGGCGUCAACGCAAUCAGCACAAAGUGUGUCUCCAAGGAAACCCCUCACACGCGCGACUUCUUUUAUGUUGGUGGCCGUUACAUCGAGAAGGCGUCAGGCAAUGUUACCGUCGAUCAGCUCUAUGUCGAGAAGCUCGUCCCCCUGGCUUCCGGUCGCAAUCGCCGUCGUGGCGUUGCCGCAGCGAAGCCCAUUGUCUUCUUCCACGGCGGCGGCACUACGGGCGUUACCUGGCUCAACACGCCCGACAACCGCCCCGGCUGGGCUUCAUACUUCUUGCAGCAGGGUCACACAGUCUAUCUCGUCGACACGACUGCCAUCGGGCGGUCUGCGGAGAACGACCUUGAUAACUUCCCCAUGCUCGCCGGUACUGCUGCCGAGGGCAUCGAGAAGGGAUUCACGGCGGUAAAGGUGUACAACACUUAUCCCCAGAGCAAGCUGCACACACAGUGGCCCGGUACCGGUCGGAAGGGUGAUCCGACGUUUGAGCAGUUCAAGAAGGCCAUUAUCCCAUUGACCGUGAACUGGGUCCCUCAGGAAAACGCUCUCCGCGCGUCCGGAUGCGAGUUGCUGUCGCUGCUAGGCGAGAAGGCGUACCUGGUAUCUCACUCUAUCGGCGCCCGCGGUCCGAUUCUAUUGUCCAACGACUGCCCGCAAUACAUCGCCGCCAACAUCAACCUCGAGGGCACGACGAUCCCCUUCUGGAGCUACGGGUAUGACCUCGGUGGCACGCCCGCGAAUCCGUGGGGCUUGGCCAACACUCCCCUCGACUAUGACCCCCCCGUCGCCAGUGCUGAUGAACUCGAGACUGUGGUUGUUGGCAACGAGACGCUUGCUCUCCGCAGCUGCCACAUGCAAAAGGAGCCUGCGAGGAAGUUGCCCAAGAUUGCGAGUGUGCCGUUCCUGAUGGUCACUGGUGAGGCGAGCGUGCACAUCACCUACGACCACUGCCUUGUGAACUAUCUUAAGCAAGUGGGUGGGCAGCCGGAGUGGAUCAAGCUGGGUGAGAUUGGGAUCCAUGGAAACGGACACUUUUUGCAUCUUGAAAAGAACAGCUUGGAGAUUGCAGAGGUUGUGAAUGAUUGGAUCGUGGAGCAGGAGAGCAAGUAA